UUAGCUUCUACUUUCUCUCCAUUCUGAGACUGCAUGGACAGAUUGGACACUUACUGCUAGAUUUAUUUACCCGGUUUUGAAGAUUUACAGAGAUCAGAAACAGAAUCAAUUGCUGAUAAUUUUUAAUCGCUAUUUGAUUGAGCAAUAGUGUGUUCAGUUUCAAAAUGCCGAAGUCAAAAAAGGCAAUGAGUGAUGAGGAGCGUAAGGAGCUCGUGGAGAGGUUGACUGCGGACCUAGAGGAUUUUGUGGCUGAGAGAUCAAUAGCAGCAAGAAAUAGAAAAGCUACAGAACCAGAGGACACACGCACCAUUGAUGAGAUCGCUGAGGAGUUGAAGAGUCACCCGGCCUUCAUGAAGGACAUCGAUUGGAGCAAACCCCUUCCCCCGGAAGUUGAGGGCUUGAUGCAGCUCAAGUAUGAGUGUGAAGAUCCAACAGCUCGAGCCGACAGUUACCGUGAAGACGGAAAUGAACAGUUCAAGCUGAAAAAGUACCAAAUUGCCAUUGACAACUACACGGAGGGCAUCAAGAGCAAAAGUCCCGACGCAGAGUUGAAUGCUGUUCUGUAUACCAACAGGGCUGCCGCACAGUUUCACUUAGGCAAUCACAGAUCUUCCUUCAAUGACUGCUUAUUUGCUCGCAAGUUCAAGCCUGAUCACUUCAAGGCUAUCAUAAGAGGUGCUCAGUGCUGCUUUCAGAUGAAUAAAUUUGCAGAUGCUGUUCGAUUUUGUGAUGCUGCACUCAUGGUUGAACCAGAGAACCCGACAGUGCUUGAACUCAGGGUCAAAGCUGAUAAAGGAAUGAGAGCUCGGGAAAGAGAUGAGAGAAAACAAGCUGCAAAAGAGAGAAAAGAAGAAGAGGAAGAUCGAAAGCUCCUACAAGCGAUACAGACCAGAGGUGUGCAAGUGGCCAGUAUGAAAGUCUCCCCAGACUCCAAGAUCAAUCCUCUCCUGCUGACGGCCCUGGAGUCCCACAACCCAACAGGGGCAAAGGUUCAUCUGGACGACCAAGGUCAUCUCAAAUGGCCCGUCAUUUUUUUCUACCCAGAGUAUGCUGAGACUGACUUCAUCAGUGCUUUUGAUGAGGAGGCCUGUUUCUCGGACCACCUCGAGCACAUGUUUGGCCCUGAGACACCACCGGCUCCCUGGGAUGAGGAGAACAAGUACAAGCCCAGCAGGAUUGAGAUUUACUUUGAGAAUAAGGACGAGGAGAAGUUAUACCGUGUGUCUCCGGAGUCAUCGCUACUGGACGCUCUGAGGCACAAGAAAUACCUCGUGUAUGCGGGUACUCCAGGGUUCAUCUUUCUGGUCAGAGGGUCGAAGUUCGCCCAUGAGUUCACAGCUCGGUACAGAAAACAUUGACAGAGGAAAUCUGCCUGUAUUCCUGUUUGUAUAAAUAAUGCUGAGCCAUAAUGUCAAUAAAUCAGAGUCAGAGCAAAGGUUAUGAA